UUGUGACCUCCACCAAAAUUUGAUGAAACUGCAUUCCAUUUUGUGUUAUGGAUAAUAUUGCAAGUAAAAUCAUCAGAGCCUCAAUCUUCACCUUCCUCAAACACUUCCAAUUCUUCACCACAACCCCACUUCUUGUUUUGCUUCCUUUCUCAGCCUCAGCCCUUCUCUCACAAUCCCUUCUCAAAUCUCCUUCUCCCAUAAGCACUUCUCUCUUCAUCAAUAUCCAUGCCUCAUGCUUUCAAAAUCUUUCUCAUCAAACCAUUUUAAUCCACCUUUUCACUCUCCCUUUCACAAUCGCUUCACUUCUAAUCUCCAAAGCCUCAACAAUUCAAGCUCUAAGUAAUCCCCACAAACCAUUCACAUCUCUUUGUUGGCCUCUAAUCUUAACUGAACUUUGCAAUUUAGCGCUCAUCUCCACCAUAAAAAUGGUGGCUUUCUUGAUAUUUUCCCUUGCUUUGUCAUAUGAUAGCAUUAUCUUUUUGUCGCUGGGAAGCGUUUUUUUCAGUGGCUUACUAACAAACAUGGUGGUGAUUGGAAAUUUAGCUUUAGUGGUGGCAGCGAUGGAGAAUAAUUCAAAGGGGUAUUUAGCAAUUUACAAGGCUUAUUGUAUGCUGCUCAGAAAGGGGAAAAAAUUAAUGGUUUUAGUGCUUGCUCUGCCUGCAAAUUUAGGGCUUGGAGCCAUGGAGGCCUUGUUUGAAUACAGGGUGAUAAGGGUUUACCAUAAUUCUCUAGGAAAAAUAAGUGCUUUUAUUGCUUUUGAGGUGAUUUUGAUUGCUUAUUUGUAUUCUCUUCUUCUUGUUCUUGACACAAUUGCUUGUUGCCUCUUUUACAAGAGUUGUUCGGAGGAUGAUGAUCAAAGUGAUGAUGAUGUUGUGUUUGUUCAAAAGAAAGAGUACUCUAGAAGUGCUUCCAUGAAUGGCUUUUUGGAGAACCUACAGUUGGAGAUCAAUCUUGGAGGUGUACAUAGAAAUGAAGAAAGCGCUUUUACUGUAAAUGAAGAUUGCCUGUAUGAUUUGGGUAUAGUUGAGCUUUUAUAAAUUGUAUUAGAGAACUUAUAUUUUUGGUGUAAAAGCAACUAAAUUUGUAAUACAAAACUGGUAUAGAUUCCCAAUUUUACAUAAUUUGUAUCAAACAAAAUGGAAUUUGGAAAU